UGAUCCAACACUCUGGAGCUGUUGAGCAGUCGGAUAAGGAGAGAGAGGGAGAGGAGGAAAAGGAGAGAGAGAGGGAGAGAGAAAGGGAAAGAGAGAGGGAAAGAGAGAGAGAGAGAGAGAGCAGUACGAGUAGAGGCAUAGAGGGACCUAGGUGAGGUCAGAAAGAGGGGAGUGAGGGAGAGGAAAGAUACAGGAUUAGGUAAAUGUAGUGUGUUUGUGUCUGUACAAAUGAGUGGACUCUGCAUGGGGCCUAGGAGCAUUUGGAUCAAGUUACCCCUUCAGAUGGAGACAACCUGAUACAGGACCUACAAUACUUUACCGUAUCAGUGGAUUUACGGAGUGCUGGAGGAAGGUCCUGAGCCUCAUGUGAAGAUCCAUGUAGGAACUGUAGCAGCUACACAGACUCACGCUCCUUCCUACCCCACCUCUCUACACAACCUACAGCCAUGGAGGGCCAGGUAGAUGAGCUGAGGCAGCAGCUGGAGAAACAGACCCUGAUCAACCAGGAGCUGCAGAACCACAACAAGGACCUAGAGAGAAGACUGCAGGAGAAGGAGAAGUUGCUGCAGGACCUUCACAGUCAUUAUCAUGACCUGGAGUUCCCUGCUCAGAGGAACAGUAAUGAAGGGGAACCGGAGGUCAGGAAGAGCAGAGCGGCUGUCAUGGCCCCUGAGCCAAUCCCAGAGGAGCAGCUGGAGAUCUUGAAGACCAAAGUCAAGAAGACCGUCAGCGAGACAAGUCUGAUCGUCAUGGCCAUCCAGAAGAACGACUUCCUGAGUCGCCUUGACGAUGAGCAGAUCACCAUGAUGGUGGAGCUCCUGGUGGCCAUCGACUUCAAACCAGGAAAUGAUGUCAUCAAGGAGGGUAGUGAGGGAGACAGUAUGUACAUCGUUGCAGAGGGUGAGCUCUAUGUCAGUCAAGCAGGUCGUAACCUUCGAACCCUGACCUGUGGGGAUGUCUUUGGAGAGUUGGCUAUUCUGUAUAACUGCAAACGCACUGCCACAGUCAAAGCUAAAACAGUGGUGAGUCUGUGGUGUAUGGAGAGACAGACGUACAGAACCAUCAUGACCAAUAAGUCCAAGAAGAAACGUGAACAGAUAAUGGGCUUCUUGAAGACGUCUCGGACUCUGAACACCCUGAAUGACGUUCAGCUCUCUAAGAUCAUUGACUCCAUGGAGGAGGUGAAGUACCAGAACAAUGACGUCAUUGUGCGUGAGGGGGCAGAGGGCAACACAUUCUACAUCAUCCUUAAAGGAGAGGUCCAGGUGACUAAAAAGGUGAACAGGCAGCAGAAACAGAUUCGCAGGAUGGGCAAAGGGGAGCAUUUCGGGGAAUUGGCCCUCAUACGUGAGAUCCUGAGGACUGCAACCUGCACUGCUCUGGGCCCUGUUACCUGCUUCUCCAUCGAUAAGGAGGUGUUUGAGGAGACGAUCCCCAUUGAACACCUGGAGCUCCAUGAUGACUCUACGUUCCUGGAGGAGCCAGAUGCUCCAGAGAAGACCAGUCCUAGUUCCUCUCUGAGGCUGAAGGACCUGAUCCCUGUGCUGUACCAGGAGGGGCGCUACCAGGGAGAACCUGUCACCCUCGGAGUGGGAGGAUUUGGUCGCGUUGAACUGGUGACCACGCUGCACCAUGGGAAGUACUUUGCCAUGAAGCGGGUCAGUAAGAAGCACAUUGUUGCUAAGCAACAGGAGGAGCACGUCCUGUUUGAGAAGAGGAUCCUCAAAGCCAUCCAGAGUGACUUCAUCGUCAGGCUCCAUUUUGCCUUCAAAGACACUCGCUACAUCUACAUGAUUAUGGAGUUCUGUGCAGGAGGGGAGAUCUGGACCAAGCUCAAAGAAGUUGGCCGCUUCAAUGAGCCCAUUGCUGUGUUCUGCACUGCCUGUGUAGUAGAGGCCUAUGCCUACCUCCAUAAGAAGGGCAUCAUGUACAGAGACCUCAAGCCUGAGAAUCUGAUGCUGGAUGCCAAGGGCUACGUCAAACUGGUGGACUUUGGUUUUGCUAAGGAGUUAGUUCACGGUGAUAAGACCUACUCAUUCUGUGGUACUCCUGAGUACAUGGCCCCAGAGAUCAUCCAGAACCAGGGACACGACUUCGCUGCUGACUUCUGGUCCCUGGGCAUCCUGGUCUAUGAGCUGCUGGUGGGGAGCCCCCCAUUUUCCAGUUCCGAGCCCGCAAAGAUCUACCCUAAAAUUUUGGAUGGGUUGCUCAAGUUCCCCCCUUACAUGGGCGAGGGGGCCAAGUCCCUCAUCAGUAAACUGUGCAGACCUCGGCCGGGUCAGAGGCUGGGAAACACCAAGAAUGGGAUCAAAGAUGUCCGCCAUCACAGGUGGUUCAGUAGUAUGAAUUGGCACAAGCUUCGUGUGGGCCAGGUGGAGGCUCCUACAAUCAGACUCAUACACAAGGGUCCAUGCUACAUCAACUUUGACCGCUUCCCCUUCGACCAAGCUAAGGCCGACGAGGAGUUCUCCGGCUGGGACAAAAACUUCUGACUCCAACCAGAACCAGAACCAGAACCUGAACCAGAAACAGUCCAAGAGGGUCAGAGUUCAGAGGUCACACCGGGGCUCACUGAUAGGUGGAUCCAGACCAGAUUACUUCUUGGUGACCUCAAUGGUCCCGUUACCUUUUAGACUCUGAAAGACCAAUGCACCGUAGGGGCAGGAAUAGGACUAUGCCCAGAGCCAUAGAUACACAUGGAUAGGUUCUGACUACUUUGUAAUAAGGCUCUAAUUUCACCAUGCUGGCUUCACAGAACCCUCUGGUAAAAGAUACUGUACAACACUGAGAGGUGUGAAGUCAAAUGUGUGAAUAAGAACAGCCACUCAUGCAUACAUACCUUCUAAUCUUUGUGGAUGCCAUCUUAACUUGACAUGUGCUCACUGAAAGCUGUAUGUGUGUGUUGUGCUCAAAAGAAAGAUGAGUAAAUAUAAAUGGCUGGAUGUAAUGUCUCAUGUUGGACAAAAUUAAUGAAUUUACCCUUGACACUCAUUGUACUGUGUAACUCUGGAUGGCAUUGUCAUUGUAUUUACUGUGUUAGUGUCUAUGCCUUGUAGCAUAUACUGUCUGUAAAGAAUACUAAAUGUAUGUGUUUCACUUUCAAAUAAAUAUAAUGACCCCUUAAUAAACAUAGAGAACAGGUGUUGUAGUACAACAUGUCAGCACUAGGGGGCUGAAUAGGAAGGAACACUAUCUGCUCUCAGCACAGCAUAGUGUGUUCUCAAUGUCUGUUCUCUGAGUCCUGUAAUGUAAUUUAGUACAGACAGCAGGUUUUGUAUGGAGUGAUGUACUAUGUAUCAUUCAAACAUCAUUACAGUGUCUGUUAGAUUGACUAAAGCUCUUUUAAGUCAUCAGUCCACUCACGACAAACAACUCUUAUCAGGAAGGAAAUACAAAACAACAAAUCAAUCUCCUGGGGCUAUGCCUAAUCUGUGAUGGUGGGCUGAAGUACAUCGGUUUCCUAUUGGAUUAAAAAGGCGCUGAAUGAUUGAUCAAUAUGAUUGGUCCAAGGGCAGUACACAUUGUCAUUGACAAUAAUACUAUUAUGAUAAAUCAUAUUUUUGAUAAGCUGCCAACAACAGCUUUCAGUGUUUGUUACUAUUGUUUUUUCCGUUGUGUGUAUCUGCCAGGCUGUCAUUGUAAAUAAGAAUUUGUUCUUAACUGGCUCGCCUGGUUCAAUAAAGGUUAAAGAAAUAAUAAGCUAGAUAAAAUACAUCUGUAUGGAUCCUGACUUUUUGUGAAGAGUAUUAUAACCACUGUUCCAGAUCCUGAUUAAGGUUUCCCGUGUGGCUUAAAUCGACUUAAUA